CGACGAUCAGCGACUGCUCUUCACAUCAACCGCGCAACCCGCCGGCAUGCCGCCAAAGUCGAUCCUUAAGAAGACAGCCGUGUCCGCGGACGCGCCGCCGUCCGCAAGGCCCGUCAACCAGCGCCACCUCGAUCUCGCGCUCCACCAUGCAAACAUCAUCGAGCAGCGCAAGACCGUCGAGCAGCAGGUCCUGGACGCUAUCCUGGUGCUGAUGGACUUUCCUACCGCGCCCAACGCAGAUCCAACCCGGCCCUCUGCCUCCGACGCUCUCUGCUUUUGCGAGUCUGUGAUUCCCUUUCAGCCUGCAGACUACGAUUCGCUCAUCGAGGAACGCAAUAUUGCCGACAAGUGCGGUUAUGCGCUGUGCCCGCGGCCAAAGCGGAAGGCGCCCUCGCGGGCCAAGAAGCACUUCAUCGACACGGCAAAGGGCGUGGAGAUUGUGGAUCGGAAGGUGCUGGAGGUGUGGUGCUCGGACGACUGCGCGAAGCGGGCGCUCUACGUCAAGGUGCAGCUGAACGAAGAGCCGGCAUGGCUGCGUCAGGGCGGAUACGGAGACAAGAUCGAGCUGAUGGUGGAUAACGCAGAGGAGCAUCGCAAGGGGCUGCCGUUGCGGCUCAAGAAGGGGGCUGCGACCCCGCCACCCCCAAAAGAAGAGGAUAUCGCGGCGGCAUGGGCAGCACGCGACGAUGCCCUGGCCGACCUCGCCAUCGAACGCGGAGAGACGCCAGGCCGGCUGAGCAAGACAAGCAAGGACCUCAUCCAGGAGCGCAUAAAGGAACGCGUGGCAAGUGCGCCUCCCGUGCCGCCUUCACCGAGUUACGGACCGCUUCUCAUGGUCAUCGAGGGACAUGUUCCCCUUUCCAGGUCGAACAGGAAUGAGUCGACCACGGCUGAGAAGGGCGAUGACGAAGAUGAAGACGACCGAGACUGGGACAAGCACCUGCCUGGAUGAACGACCUGCCGCUUCAUGGACAUACAUCUGAGAAUUUGCAUUGCCAUCCGAAGCCAGCUCUUCGGUGCAAUGCUAUAGCCCAGCUACGGGCACCAAUAAUUCCAGCACGCCGGAGAAAAGCACUGUUUUGAGGAGUGCAACUGCAGGAUAGAGACCUAUUAUCUCUUCCGCUUGAAUGCUGAAACCUGAGUUGAUGCAAGCAUGGGUAGAAGACAACGGACCCGGAGAGGUCAGAUGCAGCAACAAGGAUGCUCCGGGCAGCCCAUAGUAGACAUAGAAAUGAAUACCAAUCUCGACAGCCC